AUCACCUGCCUCCUUCAUCAACUUCCCUUAUAUAUAUACCUACAUAUAGAGAGACAUUUCUUCUCCCUAAAGAAAACACAUUUAAGUUUUCAUCGAAAUAGAUAGAGAAAAAAAAAUAAAAGAAAACAAGAUUAUGAUCAUGAAGCUCGUCUGGUCGCCGGAAACAGCCUCUAACGCUUACAUCCACACCGUUAGAACCUGUAAACACUACAAAGAAUCGAGUGCGGCAGAGUAUUUAUCGGCCACGGCGGCGGGAUGGAACACGAGGAUGAUCGUCGAGACUUGGACACGUGGAGAUCCGAUCGCCACCAGCGUUGGACUCGCCGUGGCGGCCAUUCACACGUGCGGAAAACACGUGUGCAUAGUUCCCGACGAGGAGUCGAGGUCGGAGUACGAGGCGGUGAUGAAAGGCGCUGUUACUAGUGAAGCUACGGAGGUUUUGAUAGGAGAAUCGGCGGAGAACUUGGUGGAGAGACUCUCCGGCGUUGAUUUCAUGGUGGUGGAUUCGAAACGCCGCGAGUUCGUUAAGGCUUUGGGAUCAGCGAACACGAGCAAAAGGGGUGCCGUUUUAGUGUGCAAAAACGCCACACAGAAAUCUAUCCCUGGAUUCAAAUGGCACGGUGUUUUGAGACGAGGCACACGUGUCGUGCGAUCGGUGUUUUUACCCGUUGGGAGAGGAUUAGAUAUCGCACACGUUGGAGCCAGUGGAGGUGGUGAUUUGAUGAAGCUUCCUAGCCGUUGGAUUAAACACAUCGAUCCUCGAUCUGGAGAGGAGCAUUUGUUCAAGCGUUAAUAAAAAGACCAUGAAACUAUAAAGAAGAUUUAAAAGUUCCUUUUUAAUAUAAUACGCGUUAAUGGCCAUCAGAUCGCCGGUGUUGUAUGCAAGA